AUGGCUCUCUCUGGCCCAUCCCUUUCAAGUACAAAAUUGAUUCAGGCUGCUGAAGAGCCGUACGUGUUGCUAUAUGUCACUUCCACCACAGCUGUGGGAGUGACAACACCUGAGAAGCAAGAAGAAAAGGAAGACACAAAGGAAGACGCAGGAAAGGAAGCAGAGAAGGACAAUGUACCGCGGUCGAUCACGGAAUUGGUGCCGCUGUUGAUGGAGAGGGCUGCCGAAGCCUUCACCAAGGUGGUUACGUCUCGAGCAGGCGGUUUGAUCGUCCUCAACGUUGUCACCAUGCUCUAUGCUACCAACACCACCAUCGUCAAGGGAGCAGAGGAAGCCGCAGGAGGGCCGCUGCAGUUCUGUCUGGGUCGCUUCGCCAUCGCGGCACUCGCGCUCUCUCCGCUGCUUCCCGCCGCCCUAGCCAACCCUGCCGUCCGCCGCUGCGGCAUUGAGAUGGGCCUCUGGACGGCUCUGGCGUACCUCUCCCAGGCCUUCGCUCUCAUCACCACUGGCGCUGGCCGCGUUUCCUUCAUCAGCACCUUCACGAUGAUAGAGGUGCCGCUGGUGGCGGGGCUGCUGGGGGCGCGCAUUCCUCCCCUCGUGUGGGCUGCCACUGCCUCCGCCGUUGCUGGCGUUCUCCUCCUCGAAGCCAACUCUGAGGCCUCCACGCUAGUGGGGGACGGGCUGGCGCUGGUGAGCGCCAUGGCGUUUGGGCUGCUCAUGGUGCGAUCGGAGCACUUCGCCAAGACUGUGCCCGCCACAGCUAGCCUUGACCUCAUUGCCUUGCAGAUAUCCACAGUGGCGUGCUGUGCUGCUAUUGGCACAGCAUUCAUCACCCUCAUCGAUCUUCCAUCCGCUACCACCGCCCUUGCAGCCGACAUAGGGGCUCAGACGCCCCUGCCUGGAUUUGCCGCUCAGGCCAAGGACCUGAUUAGUGCCACGUCACCCACUGAUGCUCUGGAGAGGUUAUCCUUAGUGGCAGGAUCGUGGCCGUGGGUGCAGAUGGGAUACACAGGGGUGGUUUCCACCGCACUCUGCCUCUGGCUUGAGAUCGUGGCACUCCGCCAUGUUGCGGCAUCUGAAGUGGCCAUGGUCUACACUCUCGAGCCGCUCUACUCGGCUCUUUUAGCCUCCUUAGUCCUACAGGAGGAGUGGACAACUGUAGGGUACCUGGGAGCAGCACUGAUAUUUGGAGGAAGUGCUGCUGUUCAGCUCGGGAAUGCCAGGGAUGAGAAGAGUGAGAGUGGCAUUAUGGAACAACCGGUAGCAAAAUAA